GGGAACUUUCUGCAGCUUCUCUCAGAGGGAAGGACGCUCUGGUGCUGCCGCCAUGAAUGUAAAGGGGAAGAGAUAAGGAGCCGCAGGCGUCAGCGAAAAGUUUAGUGGUUGUGAGCCAGCACAUCCAAGCCGGAUCAGUUCUGUGGCCGGAUAUUGGACGUCUUCCAGUGAUGACGGACUAUCUGCCACCUGCUCUCCUGGAAGCCUGUGUGGUGGUUGGAGCAUCCAGUGACAAACUCCAGGAAGUCUACCAGGCCAUUAACAGUAAUGCAACUCCAGAGCCUCUCCAGUUGGAGCCAGAGGUUCUUCAUGUUUUGGCACCUCCAUUCUUUAGCAGACCACAGAGUGAGAGUGAAGUGUUGAAGCCACGAGGAAAGCGGCGGCGUUCCUUUCUCAGGAAGAAGAGAGAACAACCAUCUUCAGCUGCAGCAACACACAAACAAGGUGUUCCUGAGGGAAGAGAAGGGAAUGAAGAUGUCAGUGUACCAAAAGACAUCGACUUUAUGGCUUUGCCUCAGCUCUGCUUCCCUGGUGGCCUGCAAGUGACCAGUGAACAGAAAAAUGAGCAAUUCCACUUCCUGGUUUUUACUGAUGUCUUUGGGAACAAGACCCAUGGAGUAGUGAUGCAGUUUUUCCGCCCAUUACUGGAAGGUGCCAUCCAUCCAUCCGUCUAUCCGAAUGGAGCUGGGUCCUCUAAGUUUUCUAAACUUUUCUCUGCCUACAGUUUCUGUGUCAUAUCCAAAUAUCCUUACUUCUCUGCUCUCAAAGACUGCUUGUCAUGUCUUUUAAUCCAGCUGAGAACGUGUCGGUUGUCAGACAUAGAGGACAGAGUGAAGGAAUUUGCAACCAAACUGACACUUGUACCAGUUCCUCCCCCUGGACAACUACAUUUGAUGUUUACAUUACGUCCUCUGACCAUCAUAUUACCCUCCAGAGAGGACAAAGACCACCCAGCUAUAGAUUUAGACCUCCACCUGCCUUUCCUUUGCUUCAGGCCACAGCAGCUACUGCAGGUGCUGUCUUGUCUCCUGCAGGAACAGCGGGUGGUGCUGUUUUCUGCUGACUGGGCCAGACUCACCCUGAUAGCAGAGAGCUUGUUGAUUUUUCUGCAGCCUCUGUCAUGGCAGCAUCCUUAUGUUCCAGUCUUGGCCAGAGGUAUGCUGGACUUUCUGAUGGCUCCAACAGCCUUCCUUAUGGGAUGUCACCUCAACCAUUUUGCAGAGGUUGCUGCUGAAACUGAUGAUUUGAUCUUAGUUGAUAUUGACAAUGGAAGCAUUUGCACAUCAUUCUCUGAAACUAUUGAUCUACCCGACAUUCCUCCAGCUGCUGCAGACAGCUUUGCACAAAGGUGUCAGUCACUGCAGAUACAUUUUGAUUUGGAUCAGUGCCGCAGUGCGAGCUGCACUGACAUCAAUGAGCAGCGUGCACAGAGAAGAGCAUGGCAACACAGCCUCAAUCAUGAUAUCCAGACGAUUGCACUGAAACUUAUUGUCAGCAUUUUCAGGGAUGUUGGCAGACAUCUGAACUAUGAACAUCGAGUUUUUCACAGUGAAGAGUUUUUAAAAAGCAGAGAGCCAGCUGAGCAACUUUUUUACAAAAAGGUGUUGGAGACUCACAUCUUCCACUCCUUUCUCAGGGAUCGCCUCAACAAGAAAAUGGAUAACUUUGCCCGAAUGGAACUUAGUACUCGUUCCGAGAUAAUGAAGGCUAUGCUUGAGAUACCACGCAGACCCACCAUGCAGGAGAUUCAAGCCCGGAGACAAAGCUCCAUCACUGAAAACAGGCUGAGUAAAAGACUGGGGAUGAGUCUCCCUAACUUGGAAGAUGAUCAAACUAUCAGUUUCCAAAGAAAUCCACUUUUCUCCAGGAUUGUGAUGCCUGACUCAGCGUUGAGAAUGCCUCUGAAACCCGUAAAGGUGUUUAAACUGCCAGACUUCCCAGUCUCUUUGUCUUUCCACUCGGUCCAAAGUUAUUACAGUGAGCUCAUUCAGCAGCUUGGCAAAACUAUUUUGGCUGUCCAAAAUGAGAGCUCCACUCUGCUGGCCAGAUUUUACUACUUGCGUGGUUUUAUCAACACGCUGUGUUCAAGGCGGCUGGACGCUUUGAGUGAUUUCCAGAAUCUCUACAAGACCGACACCGCCAUCUUCCCUACACACUUGGUCACGUGGCUUGUGGACACUCUCCAUCGAGACGAGAGGCAGCAAGUCCAAAGACGACCUGAACUCAGAAGACUCAUCUUCAAGGUAAAGACCGAUAAUGAGAAGACGCUGGUCCAGACUGAUGAUCAUAUCAAGAAGUUCGAACUUCCCAGAAAUCGUCUGCAUCAGGAUGAGUUUGUGCGUUGCGUUCAGGAGUGCGGAAUUGUUAAAGAUGUGGCGACCAUACAUCGUUUAUUUGAUGCUCUCACUGAUGACCAGUUAAAGCAGGUGGACCCUGAACUCUUCAGAGUUUUCUACACCUUCUGGAAAGAAGCAGAGGCCGAAGCACAAGAUGUCCACCUUCCCUCUGAAGUAAUCAACCACCUUGACAAUAGCGAAUGUGUGUACAAGUUGUCAUCCUGUGUCAAGACCUCCCAUGGUGUGGGUAAAAUUGCCAUGACGCAGAAACGUCUGUUUUUGCUCACUGAGGGACGACCGGGCUUCCUGGAAAUCACCAAGUUCAGAGACAUACAGGAUGUCAAGAUUGCCUCUGCUCCUUUUCUACUUGUUCGCAUUCCCUCGCUUCGCAUCCAGACGUCCAGCCGACCUGACGUGUUUGAAGCCAACCUGAAGAUGGAGACUGAACUCUGGAACCUUGUGGUCAAGGAGAUGUGGGCUGGACGUAAGAUGGCAGACCAACACAAGGACCCUCAGUACAUGACUCAGGCCCUGACUAAUGUCUUGUUAAUGGAUGCUGUCGUGGGUUGCCUGCAGACUCAGAGAUCCAUCUCUGCAGCAUCAAAGCUGGUUUACUUUGACAAAAUCAAGCAUGAAGUUCCUAUGAUGGUCCCUAAAACUACCUCCGAGACUCUAAAGCACAAGAUCAACCCGUCUCUGCACCUGGCAGAACCUCAGACAGUACACGUACUGCUGUAUACUCCAGGUCAGCUGACCUCCAACGACUCACAGGGUGAGAUGAACCCAAAGCUGUGGGUGGCUCUCAGCGGGGGGAAAGUGGUUGUAUUUGAUGCAGCUAGCUGGUCAAUUCUGCUCGACUGCAUUCAGGUUGGAGAGUCUCAAGUGACCUGCAUGAUGGGGCUGGUCCAGGAACAGGUGUGGAUUGGUUCUCAGGACUCUGUCAUUUACAUCAUUGAUACUCACAGCAUGUCCUGCAACAAACAGCUGACCGAGCACAGACAUGAAGUGACUGGGCUCAUAGUGGACACUAGGGAUCAAUACAGCAGUCAGCACACAUACUCCUGCAGCUGUGAUGGGACGAUCCUACAAUGGGACUCAUCCAGUCUUAAAGUAAAGAGACAGUUACACCUCACUUGUGAGCGUCUCUCGUCCAUACAGCUCCAUGAUGGCACCCUGUGGUGCUGUUGCGGCGACAGUAUUGUAGAACUGAAAAAGAGUGGUGUACCACAAAGGAGAAUAACACUUCUCGAUGACAUACGGAGCAUGCCCUGUAGCUUCAGCUGCUUCAUCGUCAUCCCAGAGCGAGGGCAGUUGUGGACGGGCUGUUCAGACUCGGUGGAGUUGUGUCUCUGGCACAUUAACAACCACAAACAUCCUUUCAAAAAAAUUUCCCUGCCAGGAAGUUCAGGAAUCACAUGCAUGAUUCGAGUCAAAAACCAGAUCUGGGCGGGCUGCCGUGGACGGAGCGGCGUCAGAGGGCAGUGUGACGGUCCGCUGAGAGGCCAGGUGUUGGUGGUGGAUCUGGAGAACCUCGUGGUGGCAAAGGAGCUGCAAGCCCAUUCUGACAGCAUCCAGACGCUCUGCUCUGCUGAGGAUCGCUACGUCUUGAGUGGCUCUGCACAGCAUGAUGGCAAAAUUGCCAUCUGGAAAGUGGAGUAAAGAACAGAUAGAAUAGUAGAUGUAUUCUAAAAAGGUCAGUAAAGUGCAGAAGGAGAAGAUAAUGGAGAGACAAGAAUAAAUAAGCACACAUGGAAGACAUAAAUGUUUUUCCCAUAGUGACAAGAAAAUCAUCAUAUCUGGAGACAGCAAGGCUGACAAAAAGGAAAA